GCGGGCUUUUGCGCAUGCGCGGGGCGUAGGCGGAGAAGGUGAAGAUGGCGGCGGCCAGGGCAGGGGUCCUGGGGAUCCGGUGGCUGCAAAGGGCAACCCGGAACGUGGUGCCGCUGGGUGCACGGACAGGUACGGUGACUACCCGAAACUCCCUGACCACUCACAGCAGGAGAGGGAUCCGUGGUAUGACUGGGACCACUCAGACCUGAGGAUGAACUGGGGUGAACCGAUACACUGGGACCUGGACAUGUACAUCCGAAACCGGGUGGACACAUCCCCUACACCUGUUUCGUGGAAUGUCAUGUGUAAGCACCUCUUCGGCUUUGUGGCCUUCAUGAUGUUCAUGUUCUGGCUGGGGGAGAAUUACCCCUCCUACCUGCCUGCGGGGCCAAAGCAGUAUCCUUACAAUGAUCUAUACCUGGAACGAGGCGGCGAUCCCACCAAAGAGCCUGAGCCAGUGGUUCACUAUGAGAUCUGAGGAGGCUUCCAGAGCUUUGUACCCAUUAACUAGGACUUCCAUGUUCCUAGUGAUUUAACUUAACGCAAUCCCUAAUAAAACGCAGUGCUGUGGUC